AAGCAGGAGUCUCUCAUCAGGAAGGCCAGGCAGCAUGCAGCCAGGCCCCCAGUAACAAGCAAGUGGACCCGGUCCUGUUCUCUUCACCUGGGACCAGGGCUGCAGAAUGCUCAGUCCUGCCGCCCCAUACAGUCUGUUGAAGAUGCACUGGUCCCCGGAGCAUACUGCCCCCCUAUCUCAGUGGCCUGAGCAGCACCUUGAUGUCACGUCUACCACAUCCCCGCAAUCUGCCCAUAAACAAGACCCCUACAGUACAGCUGCUCGAUGCGGCUAUGGGCCCACGGGUUAUCCUUGGGCCAGUGAUGACAUAUCAGCCCUUACUGCUUCUUCGCUCCUAAAACGCUAUGCUGAGAAGUACUCAGGCCUGGAGUUGUCAUAUGAUCGUUCUGCUACAGGUGCCUACACAGAGUCUGGAACUUUCCUAAAAACUGAGUCUGAGCCUUGGGCUUUAGGUCAGGGUAUAGAAUGCUACCCUGGACUGGAGGCACUUACUGGCUCCAAAGUGGGGUCUGCCUCAGUGGGAAUCCCAGCCACAGGAAGUGUAACAGUAGUGAGCAGCAACUUGGCCUCUGAACCAGGUUAUAGUGGUGCUGGCUCCUGCAAUGCUCCAUCAUCUCAGGAAUAUCCUCCAGCUUACAACAGCACCUACCUGCCCUCGGGGUACUGCCCUCAGCCCAGCACAGCACUUCCUCCUGCCCCUCUACACUCUCUGCGGGCCACAUCUACUCUGGUGUCCAGCUACAGUGCCAGCACUCCAGUCUACAACUAUCCACCAGGCUGCUACCCUCAGUCCAGCCUGUCCUCUAGUUAUAGCCACCCCAGUGCCUCCUACCUGCCCUCAGGAAUUAGUGCUCCCACUCCUCUGACCCCUCGGCCUACUGUGGUUGGAGGCAGUUAUGGCUACCCAUCUCACAACCUAGGAGUGAGCUCUGACACAGGAGUGCCACUGAAACGUAAAGCCUUUGAGAUGACAGGCGAAGUACAAGAGGAGGAAGAGGCGGAGGGAUCACGCUACAAAAAGUACGGCAACGAUCAGAGAAACAGUCAGAGCAAAGGUAACGGGCAGGCUAAUGGCUAUGAUAUUAGUGUCUCGGCCUCAGACCCACAAACCUACAAACCAGCAAAGCCCCUGAUAUCACCUCCUUAUGGAGUAUCAGGAGACUUUAGCCCACCAUCCGGCCUAGCAGGUGAGAGUGUAUCAGUGGAGCACAACUUUCCUCAGCAGCAGAGAAUCUCCAUGAAAAUACCUGCACCUCACACACGUGCAGAAGACCCCACCAGUGGUCGCUAG